GACAAUGCAACCCGUUACAUUGAGCUGACAGAUCGCAGUGCACAGUCAGAGGGGAGGCAGAGGCAGGAUACUUAUAGGGGAGCAUGGGGUAUCUACUGACACCCAUAGUGAGGGAUGGUCCUAGUCUCUGAUCUAUUGCUGGAGAGUGGCUCUUGCGACUGAGGACUUUGUGUCACUUGCCUUCAUCCCAUCGCUCUGUCCACCCAUCGCAGAGAGAAGAUGCUGUCUGUAAAUUCAGAUGGGAAGGUCCUGGUCAGAAGAUGUUUCCUCACCCUCAGGCCUUUUCGGAUCUUUGUUCUUGGUAUUGGAUUUUUUACUCUGUGCUUCCUGAUGACCUCCCUGGGCGGGCAAUUUUCAGCCAAACGCUUGGCAGACUCACCCUUCACCAUUCGGACAGAGGUAUUAGGCACAGGAGAGUCUCGGAGUGCAUUACGUAGGAUGAAUGACAUACUAGAGACACUGGUGAAGAGAAUGGACAUCUUAGCUCGACUGGAGAAUGCCAGUGAAUUCCGCAGAGCAGAGGAAGCAGGCCACUUCACAUUGGACAGUUUUCAGUCAGUCGGUCUUAUGGAGAAGAUCCAGGCAAUUGCCCAGAAUGUGUCAGAUAUUGCUGUAAAGGUGGAUCAAAUUCUGAGAAACAGUGUCAUGAGAGGGAAAGUAAUGGAGGGACAGAGAGACAUGUGCGAGAUACCACGAGACCCCCGUUAUCCAGACUGCUCUGCUAAAGUUGAGUGGAUGAGAUCUCGCUGGACUUCGGAUCCAUGUUAUGCCUUCUAUGGGGUUGAUGGCACAGAGUGCUCCUUUCUGGUCUAUUUGAGCGAGGUGGAAUGGUUUUGCCCAGUGCUUCCAUGGAGGAAUCAAUCUAUCAAUCACUUUUCUAAACCCGUUCCCAAAAAGCAGGCAGCUUUCCGUACAGAACUUUCCUCUCUGUUAGACCUAAUGGGGACUGGUAAGGAGUCAUUAAUCUUCAUGAAGAAAAGGCUACGGAGACUGGAGGUUCAGUGGUUGCUUGGAGCCAGAAGGUUGGAGAGCAAUCUUGAGAACACAUCAAAGGAGCAGAAGCAGAUCCUAGUCCAUAUUGGGUUCCUGACUGAAGAGUCUGGUGAUGUGUUUAGCCCACGGGUGUUAAAGGGCGGGCCACUGGGUGAGAUGGUUCAGUGGGCAGAUAUUCUGGCAGCUCUUUACAUGCUAGGACAUAGUCUGAAGAUAACUGUAUCUGUCAAGGAACUCCAAAGUUAUUUAGGAGUCCCUCCCGGGAGAGGAAAUUGCCCCCUGACAGAACCUUUGCCAUUUGACCUCAUCUAUACAGACUACCAUGGUAUGCAACAAAUGAAGCAGCACAUGGGACUGUCUUUCCGGAAAUACAGGUGCCGUCUACGCGUGGUGGAUACAUUUGGAACCGAACCGGCGUAUAAUCACGAAGAGUAUGCCACACUCCAUGGUUACCGUACCAACUGGGGCUAUUGGAACCUGCACCCUAAACAGUUCAUGACUAUGUUCCCUCACACCCCGGAUAAUUCCUUUAUGGGCUUUGUGACAGAUGAACUCAAUGAGACCGAGCGCCAGCAGGUAGCUCUGAGCAAAGUCAGGAACAUGGCAGUAGUGUAUGGAAAGGAGGCUGCCAUGUGGAAGCUGCAGGGUAAAGAGAAAUUCCUUGCAGUAUUACACAAACACAUGGAAAUCCAUGGGACGGUCUACUUUGAAACCCAGAGGCCUCCUGAAGUCCCAGCAUUCGUGAAAAACCAUGGGUUGCUCCCUCAGCAAGAUCUUCAGCAGCUGUUGAAAAAAGCCAAGCUUUUUAUUGGCUUUGGAUUCCCGUAUGAAGGUCCUGCCCCAUUGGAAGCUGUGGCUAAUGGUUGCGUUUUUCUGCAGCCACGUUUCAACCCCUCACACAGUUCACUCAACCAUGAAUUCUUCAGAGGAAAGCCUACAUCCAGAGAGGUAUCUUCUCAGCAUCCCUACAUGGAGAUGGCAAUAGGGAAACCUCACGUAUUAACUGUGGACUACAACAAUACCCAGGAAUUUGAGGCGGCCAUCAAAGCAAUUAUGAGGAACAAGGUGGAGCCAUAUUUGCCCUAUGAAUAUACCAGCGAAGGAAUGCUGCAGAGACUGCACACCUACAUCCAGCACCAGGAGUUUUGUUCUUCAUUGCCCUCACCCUUACUGAUUAAUACAUCCCAAGUCACUCUUCCCUCAACUCUUCUCCUCGUUAAUCAUACACACCUGAUCUGGCCUCCCAAUGAACCCCUUCCCCCCAUCUGGCCCCCAGUCACCUCCAUGCAGGUUUGGCUUUCUGCCGAAGGGGAAUCCUGCAGCACUGCAUGCUCGGAACAUGACUUGGUGUGUGAGCCCAGUUUCUUCAGCCUCCUCAACCAGCAACAGGUCUUGGAGCGAUUGGGAGCUCAAUGUGACAGCACUGAAUCAGUGAUGAGUCACCUUUACCCUGCCGUUUCACCAGCCGUCCGUGAAUGCUAUCUGCAGAGAGAGCCAUUGCUAUUUAGCUGCUCAGGACAAAGCACAAAGUUCCGUCGUCUCUGUCCAUGCAGAGAUUACAUCCGUGGUCAAAUGGCUUUGUGUCAGGAUUGUUCAUGAAGCAACAGAAGCCACCAAACAGAGGUGCCAGUUUUUACCGAACGUCCAACAUCAGAAUGCCUGCAGCAUGGAGAGAUUUCGCACCUACAAUUUUACUCCCACCACAAAUUCCUGGCUUUCAGCCUUGAGUUUUAUGCUGUAGCAUAAAGCAAUAUGAAAAAUAUAUACUACACACCUUCACAGAAACCGAAAGUAAUCUCAAUACUGCCAUGUACAGAUCUCCAUGUCUUCUGAUGACCUUGGACUCUUCCACCGAAGAAGAAGACCCACACCAACAAGCACAAUGAAUGAUGUCACUGGUUCAAGAUCAUGUCAGUUACCUUCUCUGUGCCAGACAUGACUGUUAAGAAAAAAACAAACAAUAGAAUUUUCAUGAUCAAAUAGACAAAAUAUUGUACUUUGUGAAACUGAUGUAUUUUUGGAAGCACUAAAGACUGGUGACAUCAUCAUCUAUGUUUAUCCCGCAAUGUCUGUGCAGGAACAAGAUGCAGUGAUUACAUUAUGAAGUUUUCUUUUUGACCUGGAAAAUUAACACUGGGAAAGAAAAAAAUAUAUACCGUAUACAGUUUGGCAUAAAUGUUUAAGUGUAAAAAAUAAAAUAAAAAAUUAAAUAUUGGACCAAAUUAGGAGAUUAUGAAUGUAGUCCCUUAGCCUCCCCGUUACAGAGAAAGUGUGGACACGUUUGCAUUGUGUUUUCUGAAACAUGCAUAUUUUGACAGGACUGGAGCACCUAGCAUAAGAGUACAAGCAAUAUAAUAAAGAAAAAUUUUGUUUUUUUUCUCA